CGAUGUACGACCCAGCCUACACUCACGCGGCAGUGCCUCUUGCGGGUUCCCUUCCCAUCUGAUUAGCAGCGACUGCUACACCAGUCGGGUUCAUGCUUGUCCGUUGUUCAAUCAUCCACAAUCGCAAAAACGGAUGCACAAGCUUGUCUGCCUGAUCGCGUUUCGAAGUGACGGUAGUGAGCAGCCCAAGCCGGAGACCACAGCAGAGUCGCCUACUAUUGCUCGUAGUACCGCCAUCUCGAAAGCUCGAAAGCUGGACGUCAUCUUAGAAACCACCGCGCGUCUUAGGUUUGAGAGCGAAGUCCUUGUUGCGGAGCGAAGGAUUGGACAAAUGGCUCUCUUUAAGCCGCGAUCCCGUUCCGCUCGGUAGUAACAAAGCGUUACCUCCUCCCAGGCCGGCUCUUCUGCACCCGCCCAUUAGCUCAUUCGUCAGUUGCCUUCCAUCCCCGCUACAGUAAACUCCGCUCGCUUGAGCGCUAGUCAAAGAAUCAUCCCAACAGACGGUCUCAUCCCAACAGACGGUCUCAUCUCCUAAAAUAAUCCGCCUCGUCUCAUCCUCCUUUUCUCCUCGACCAUCUGGCCUCUCCCCCGUUACCAUCACAGCCACCGUUAUAGUCACAACCGAGCCCCAUGGUGCCUAAUAUCCUCCUCCUCCCCUUCCUCUCCCUCCUCUUCCUACACUCUCGGCCCUACCACACCGCCUCAUGGCGAAUACCCCAUCCCGCGCCUAUCGCUACCAUCUCCCUCUUAGCCAUCGUCGCCGCUCUCCCCGAUACCCCCCACCCGGUCGCUGAGGCCAACAGAGGCGGCGGCGGCUUCCUCGGAGGGCCCAAGCCUGGUAGAAAAACCGGGGGGGGAUGGGGCAAGGGGAAGGGGAAGGGCGGGGUGGGGCAAGGAGGGGGUGGAAGCGGUACGGUUGAGUCCGGUUCGGAUGGACAGUCUGGAGGGCAGUCGUGGGAUGAACUCCCACCCGACGGCCAGUCAGGUGACGGUCAGGUGCCUCCUCAGGAGAAUACAGCACCGGCGUCGCUAGGAAGUCCGGCCGGUGAAGACGGAGACCUAACGGCUAACGGUUCCCAGGAUGAGCAAUCCGGAGGACAAAAUCCCGAUCUUACUCCUCCCCCUGCUGCGGACGCUAACUCCCCCUCCGCUGCUCCUCCUUCCGCUGCUCCUCCUUUCGCCAGCCCUCCUUCCGUCGUUUCCCCGCCACCGCCAGCCGCCCCGCCGUCGGCCGGCAGCCAGACGGCACCGGACGACGCGUUCCCCGCGAGCGGCGCGUCGUUCUCGUCGUCAUCGGACAUGUUACAGCCGGGGCCGGAUCUCUCGGCAGACGGCGCGGCAACCGCCGCUCCCGCGUCCGAGGCGUCGCCGGGCGGAGGCGGCGACGGAUCGCCGUCGCAGCUGGACUCGAAGCAAGCGGCGGCGCUGGCGGAGCUGCGCGACUUCUGGGGGCUGACGUGGGACCUGUCGCUGCCGUGCUGGGAGAUCGGCGGGCUGUCGUGCAACGACGACGGCACCGUGCAGUCGCUGGACCUGACGUCCGCGGGCCUCAACGGCACCAUUCCCAAGGCACUGUUCGACCUCACCACGCUGCAAUACCUUUCGCUGGCCGACAACAGUCUGACAGGGAAGCUGCCCAAAGCCGUGUCCGCCCUCUCUCGCCUCGAGUCGCUUGUGCUGCACAGCAACGGGCUCACGGGCGAGGUGCCCAACGUCUUUGCCGACAUGCCCAACCUCAUUGACCUGUCACUGGCCCGCAACAGCUUCGACCACGCCCUGCCCUCCUCCCUCGCUCUCUGCUCCAACCUCAUCUACCUUAACUUGGGCGGCAACUACUUCAGUAAGAUCAUUCCCGAGAGCUUGGGGAGCCUGAUUAACCUGCGCACCCUUCUGCUCUACGACAACGCCUUCGUGGGCAGCAUCCCCGACACUCUCUCCGAGCUCACUCUCCUCGACAAGCUCGACCUCUCUCUCAACGUGCUCUCAGGGGUGUUCCCCUCCGCGCUGCUAUCUCUCCCAGCGCUCAAGUCACUUGACAUCAGCAACAACCAGCUGUCCGGGCCUCUUCCCUCGGGCUUCGCCAGCGCCUUCAUCUCCUCGCCGCUCACCGACGGCACCUUCCUCGCCGCGCAGAACUACUUCACCGGGGACGCCACCGUCACAGUCGCCGGCGCCCCCUUCUGCCCCUCCACUCAGCCACAAUCCUCCGACCAAGCUCUCCCCGGCGCUGCAGACUCCCUUUCCUCCUCUCCGGACCAGUCUGGACUGACAGAUGGUGGAGCAGCCGGGUACCCUUCCCUUCUGCUCAACUGCCUCACAUACUCGGCGUCCUCGGCGUGCGUGCAAGCAGGGGUGGUGGAGCAGCAGCGGACGGCGCUGGCAUGCGCCGCGUUCUGUGGGGCGCCUCUGGAGGGGGGGCCGUGCGGGGGGCGGGGGAUGUGCGUGCUGAGUGCGGGGUCGGGUGAGCCGACAUGUGCGUGUGACAGCGGCUACAUGCCAGGGCUGAUGAAUGCGACGGUGGAUGGGGUGCUCGUGACGUACACCACCUGCAGCAAGAACCCCGAGAAUGCUCUACCGCCCCCAGACAAACCUUCAAAGGGAGACUUCUCCACGGGCUUCCAGCCAAGCGUCCCCGGGGGCCGCUUCUUCAACCCUUACUUCCGCUAUGCCAGCGUGGGCUUUAAGGGCUCGCCCUCCGACCCCUCCUGGACCUACAAAGACUCUGUAGACUGGCGCAACCCCUCCGCGUUUGCUCAGGGCAACAGCAGCAGCGGCAGCGGCAGCGAUGGCAGUAGUGUGUCGUACGUGGGAUAUGUCCGCGACCAGGGGCAAUGCGCUGCAUGCUGGGCCUUCGCAGCGGUGGACACUGUCGCCAGCGCCUAUGCCAUUGCCAACCGCCUGCCCUCCAUUCCUCCUCUCUCCACACAGCAGGUGCUAGACUGCGCCAAGGGCGACUGCUCAUCCGGCGGUUUCCCGGGGGACGCCUUCCGCCUGCUGGCUGCCCCCCCACUCGUCUCCUCCAACGCGCUCUGCACGGAGGACAUGUACCCCUUCGACGGCGAGUCCGACAGCAGCGACCAGUGCCGUGGCGUGAAGGGGCAGUACCGCAUCCCGCUGGUGUACGAGCAGAUCAGCUUCUACGGGUGGCUGGGGAUUGCGCUGGCCGUGCAGCAGCAGCCCGUGGUGGUCAGCGUUGCCGCUGACAGCGAUUCGUUCAAGAUGUUCGCUGGGGGCUACGUGUACAACGACCCGGCGUGCUUCGCAUCCGGCAUGGUUUCGCACAACCUGGUGGUGGUGGGUUACAACGUGCUGGCGCCCGAGCCCUACUGGAUCCUUCGCAACAGCUGGGGCACCACGUGGGGCGAGGACGGGUACAUGCGCAUGGCCAUCAUGGCCCGCCCCGAUCCUACAGGGGCGAUUGAGGUCAACGGUGGUGCAGGCGUGUGUGGGAUCUAUGCCAUGCCGGCUCUCUACCCGGUGGUUGCCGGCCCGACGCCAUGUCAGCCGAACCCAUGUGGCAGCGGGUCGUGCAGUGUGGUGACGGCGCUGGACGGCUCCCAGAGCAACCUGUGCCGCUGCCGCCGCGGCUUUGUCCCCGUUGACAAUGUCGAUGGCUCCCAGUCCUGCGCUCCCUCGCGUGUGUGUGCGCUGUACCAGACGAACCCGUGCUGGGUGGGCACUUGUGUGGACAACAAGAAGGGCAGCUUCUCCUGCAUCUGCCCACCCGGCUUCACUCAGGGACUCAAGGCCGACGGCACCACCACCUGCGUGCCAGUGAUAUCCCAGGAGGACAAGGGCACGUACCUCAUCACAGGUCCCGGCGUCACCUGCUACACGCUCGCCAUCAGCUAUGGCUUCACGCCGGCUGAGCUCGUGGAGAAGAACCCGGACCUUGACUGCUCUGUGGACAUUCCUCCCAGCACACUGCUGGACAUCUCCGACUCCUCCCUCGCUCCCUGCUCGCUGCCCUACACUGUCAACCCGGUUGACACGUGUGACUCCAUAGCCGGGCUCUUCAACAUCUCGAGCGAAGAUCUCGCCACGCUCAAUCCCGCCCUCAAGUGCUCGCGGCUCAUAGUCGGCGUGCAGAUCUGUGUGGCUCGAGGGGAUCCGUACCAAUUCCCUCUCUGCACGCGCUACCACGACGUAGCAGACGGGGAGACGUGCACCUCCCUCAUGCAAGUGCAAGCCCGCCCGCCUCUCUCUCCCGUUGAGUUCUUUGCUAUGAACCCCGGACUCAUGUGCAACAACCUCGUUCCAACCAAGCCGGGAGACGGGCUAGGCGGCCAGCAAGUGUGCCUCGCCUCUCUCCCAUUCUCCGCCUUCAAAUGCGCGUUCCGCCCGUACUACACCAAGCGGGGCGACACGUGUGCGGCAAUCUACAUGAAGUAUUUCCGCACGCCUGCUGCAAAGGCCAAGACGACCCCAGCUCGGCUGUACGUGCAGCUGAACAGCAACACGGUGUGCCCCACCAGCCUAAGAGUGGGCUACCAAGUGUGCCUUCCCAACGGAGUGAGGCCGUAGAAUGAUGCAGCAGCAGGCGCUAGCUGUGCGCGAUGGGGUGUCAUGGGAUUGGGAAGUUGGGGCGACGAAUGUAGGUUUCUGCGGCCAAAGUAACAGCAGCCUGGGCAGGUCGUGCUGGUGGGCCAGCAAGCAAGGCACGCGAUCGGUGAGCUAGCAGCAGUGGUGAUGUUGGCAGCAGUGGUGGUGGUGGUACCAGUGGUGGUGGCGCAGCAGUGGUGGUGUUGGCAGCAGUGGUGGUGGUGGCAGCAGCCGUGGUGGUGACAUGAGCAGUCUCCCUGCCUGCAGCAGUGGUAGUGGAGUUGGCAGCAGCAGUGUUGCAGUGCCUACUGCUACAGCAGCUGCAUGUAAUGUAAGGAAGCAGCUGUUGAGGAUAGCACCGUGCUUUGAGCUCCGAGAAUGGCAAUCUGUGAGCGAUAUGUCAUCUGACAUGUCAUGUGAUGUGACAUGUCCAAGCAAAUUCGAUCAUGUGCAUGCCUGGUUCUUUGCUCGUUUGGCCUCCAAUGCUGUGGCACAUCAGCAUGCCAUGCCAUGCCAGUGCCAUCUGCUUGUACUGUAUCAUAUUGGCUCAUAGCUGCCCCCGCGGCAUCCUUGCCACAGGGUGGUACUGGUACGUAACAUUUUUUAGAGCUUGUAUUAUAUGGUUUGUGUGCUUUAUUUUUGUGGGUGCCCUUAGGGCUUAUAACACCUGACUGUUGAGUGACCCGCUGGGGUUGCCCUUGAGAUCCUCGGGGAAGGGCCACAGGUGCAGAGCCUGGGGGGCUAUGGGCGCACUUACCCGCUAUUCAACAAGCCCUUUUAACCCAGUGGUUAGUGGCUGGGUUUCUGACAUGGUAUCAGAGCCAAAGGUCUUGGGUUCGACUCCCAGUGCCAGCGCUGCAGAGGCGCUCGUGUCUUCCACCUAUCCC